CAUGCUCGUGUCUACAUGUGGUAUGUUGUGUCGAGGACUUUGUUUCCUGACUCCACUGGCAAGAACGCUCCAUGGAUGUGGCUGAAGGCGUUGAUCGUCUUCGAUAGCAAAUGGAGCUGGGGUUCAGCGACUCUUGCCUACUUGUACCGACAGCUGGACGAUGCGUGUUGCAGGAUCACAGAUAGUGCAGGCAUUGGUGGUAAUAUGCUUCUACUUUCUGUAUGGAGCUGGGAGCGUCUGCCUGUUGGACGCCCGAAGAGCGUCAGGUUUAAUCCUUGGUAUGAAGAUGAAGAUGACGAAUUACGGCGCCCCACUUGGGCUUACAAGUGGGAUGUGGUUUCCGAGAUGACGAACGAUGUCAAUCUCAUGUACCAGAAGUACGUUGCCGAGUUGGACACGAUUACGCCUGAGCAGGUGGAAUGGCAGCCAUAUGGCGCCGAUGACAGACUUGGGUACACCCCGGAGUUUACCAUCAACCCGAUGUGCUUGCGGGAUAGGGAUCUCUGGCGUAUGCGGUGCCCACUGAUAUGCAACUGGGCUAUUGAGUUUCAUUUGCCACAUCGCGUGUCUCGUCAGUUUGGUCUGUUCCAGCCUCACCCGCCGGAAUGGGUGGAUACGGACAAAGCACUUCAUAGGUUGGACAGGAGAAGGCAGCGGAAGAUAAAGGACUGGGACAAGCAUCAUGCUUCGUAUGUUACCCGCUUCCAGCUUUGUGUGGAGGAAGCUCGUAGCAGUGCACGCGCCAAGCUUCGUGAGCAUUGUCCACUUGCUUUUGAUAACUACAUACGAUGGCUUCUUGAAAAUACUCGAGUUGAGAUAUGCCCGCCGGCAUAUAGUGAGGAUAUUCUUGAAGAACCCGUAAACUUUGAGGAUCUAUCAAAGGGGAAGUACAACAGAGAUGUCAGGGUAGGGCACGGAGUCCCUGCUGUUCUGCGCACCGAGAUCAAGAAAGCAGCUGAUGAGAGCCAGUCUAUUCUGGAGGAAACACCGGUUGGAGAAGGCAAUGAUGAUGGUCCACUACGAGCAUUCCUCAAGUUUCAUAUCUUCCACACUUGUUCAUGUUACAGCGUCAGGCCAGGAAGUUAA